AUGGCCUACGCGCACUACUUCCGUGCGUUGCUCGACGUCUGUGAAGACAUCGCCACCGACCUGCCCCCCAACUGCAGCGUGGAGCAGCUUCAAAGCGCCGUGGACACACGCGUCGUAGCCGCCGCGGUCGAGAGCGCAGAGCCCUGCCGCCAAAUCCUGGCCGAAUUCCAAAAGAAAACCAGCUUGCCCACCGAGCACUAUGGGCUCCUCAAAAUGCAGGAGCUCGCCAGAAUAGCGGCAGGCACCGGCCUUGGCAAACUCACGCCCACCACCCAUCUUACAACCUUGGCCUACAAAACACUCCUCGACCAAAACGUCAUCUCCAAGGACGAAUUCCUCGCCUGGAUCAAAGCCACCACCGACGAGGCAGAACACAGGGCUGAGACCCUCUCCAGAGUCAUCCCCAUCGCCAAAAAGCUUACUCAGCAAUCCGAUGGCUCCGAAGCGGAGCCGUCCGAUGAAGAGGACGAUUCCGACGACGAGGACUAA